AUGGAAGAGAAUAGACUGGCAGGAAGUAUACCUCCAAGCCUAGGAAACUGUCAUAACUUGUUGGUUAUAAACUUUACAAGUAAUAACCUUAGUGGCACCAUCCCUAUAGAGGUUUUCAGUCUCUCUUCUCUUUCGAUUUCUUUUGCCAUGGCUCGUAAUUACCUGACUGGUUCAUUGCCACCGGAAGUGGGCAACUUGGUAAAUCUAAAGGAAUUGUAUAUGUCAGAUAACAGAUUGUCAGGUGAAGUUCCUGGUACCCUAAGCAGAUGUCUUAGUUUGGAGCUUCUGUUAGUGGGGGACAAUCUGCUUCAAGGAACAAUUCCUGAAUCUUUGGAAGUUUUGAAAGAAGGGAUCUUUGCAAAUUUAAGUGCAUUUUCAGUUCUUGGGAAUGAUAAGUUAUGUGGAGGCCUCCCAGGUUUGAAUUUGCCUGGAUGCUCUCAAGAUAAAUCCCAUUCAUCAGGAAAACUUCUUUCCCCAAGAGUAGUAAUCCAAAUAAUUGUAUCCAUCGUAGUUGGAGUUAUACUGUCAUGUGCUUUCACUGCUCGGUAUUUUAUAAGGAACUCCAAAAAGAGGCCUUUAACUGCAUCUUCCACUAAUAAUUGGCGAUUGGGCGUUUCCUACCAAGAACUCUUAAAAUCAACUGAUGGGUUCUCUGCAAACAACUUGAUCGGUUCAGGUAGUUUUGGAUCAGUAUACAAAGCAACUGUCAAUGGUAAUGGUGCAACAGUGGCAGUGAAAGCCUUAAGAAGUAUAAGACACCGUAAUCUCCUCAAGGUCAUAACUGUCUGUUCAAGUGUUGAUUAUCAAGGUAAUGACUUCAAGUGCAUAGUUUCUGAGUUCAUGGCCAAUGGAAACCUAGACCAAUGGCUACAUCCGGGAGGUGAUGAGCAAAGUCAAGCUCGAAGAUUGAGCCUUCUCCAGAGACUAAACAUAGCUGUUGAUGUUGUUUCUGCAUUGGAUUAUCUUCAUCGCCAGUGUGAAACUCCAAUUGUUCACUGCGAUCUAAAGCCAACCAACAUACUCCUAGAUGAUGACAUGACAGCCCAUGUUGGUGACUUUGGAUUGGCAAAACUCCUCCUUGAAGAACCAAAUGAUGAACCUAUAAGUCAGAGCAUAUCGGCAAGGCUCAAAGGUUCUUUUGGUUACGUUCCUCCAGAGUAUGGUAUUGGUGGGCAGGUCUCUACACUUGGAGAUGUAUACAGCAAUGGGAUACUCCCGCUCCAAAUGAUAACUGGUAAAAGGCCAACAGAUGACAUUUUCAAAGAUGGUCUGAGCAUUCACAACUUUGCUAAAAUGGCUUUGCCUGAAAAUAUCAUGGAGAUAGUAGACUCAUCGCUGCUCUUGGCAGGAAAAGGAGGCAACUUAGAUGAAAACGGAAACGAGGAGAGAGAAAUCGUAAGAACUGGUGGUGAAGAUUCGCAACGCAGUGGUGUCAGUAGAAUGGAGGAGUGCUUGGUUUCUGUGAUAGAAAUUGGACUUUGGUGUUCUGCUGACUUACCUGGUGGUAGGAUGCCAAUGAGUAUUGCUGUGAACAGAAUGCACAAAAUUAGAAAUUCAAUUUUUUGA